GGGGAGGGAAAAAGGAGGCUGAGAGUUUCGACCAAUUUGUGUGGCGAACAAUUUGGAUUUUGGAUAGCCCUCGUCGGAACUCAUCAGCCUCUUCCUCUGCUUGGCCAUAUACCGCAAUCUGAAACGCUGAGAGGCUGAAGAGAGCAACGCUUGAAAUCCAAGUCAUUCAUCCGCUGCGAUGGCCAACAUGAUCAUGGCCUCCUCCAAACCCGUGAUUCCCGUUUCCUCCAUUUCCCCUUCCCCCAAAGUUCCAGUACUCCAAAUUUCAGUCCCCAGAAGCCUUUCGGUGAAGAUGUCAAAGCCCAAAAUCUUGUCCCUGGUUCCCUGCACCCUCAAAUCCCUUUCCCUCCUCGCUGCCUCCUCUCUUGCCUUGGCCCCUCCUUCUCUCGCCGUAGAAAUCGAGAAAGCCGCUCUCUUCGAUUUCAACCUCACCCUCCCCAUUAUCAUGGCCGAGUUCCUUCUCCUCAUGGUGGCCCUCGACAAGCUCUAUUUCUCCCCUCUCGGCAACUUCAUGGACCAAAGGGACGCCGCCAUCCGGGAGAAGCUGAACAGCGUCAAGGACACCUCGGGGGAGGUCAAGCAGCUUGAGGAACAGGCGGCCGCAGUCAUGACCGCUGCCAGGGCUGAGAUUUCUGCUGCUCUCAAUCAGAUGAAGAAGGAGACCCAGGCCGAGGUGGAGCAGAAGCUGGCUGAAGGCAGGAAGAAAGUGGAGGCUGAGUUGCAGGAGGCUUUGGCCAGCUUGGAGAGGCAAAAGGAAGAGACCAUCAAGUCCCUUGAUUCCCAAAUCCAAAAUCUUAGCCAGGAGAUUGUUAAGAAGGUUCUUCCUACUGUUUAAUUACUUACCCUUGUGUUCAGCUUCAAUCUGGCUCAUGGCAGGAUUGGUGCUAUAUAUGUGUGUAGAAUUGCGUUUUUUGGAUCACAAUUUCUGGUGACAAAAUAUUUCUGAAUGUAUAAUGUGUUUGUUCACUCUGAAUCCUUCUCGGGGUAAUGUGAAAAUGGAAAAAUAAACGGAAAUUAACAUUAGAA